ACUCACACUCACACAAUGGAAGCCAGGAAGGAGAUGCUCAUGUUCCUGGAGGGAGGGCAGCUUGGCACACUAGUUGGCAAGAGAAUGUCUCAUUUGUCGGACGCAGUGGGAAGCCCCAUUCAGGAGCCGCAGGAGAAGAUGCUGCCCAGAGGUUGCCUGAGCCCCAGGUCCGUGUCGUUGGCAGCCAGGGAGAGAGCAGAGGAGGAGGAGGAGGUGGAAGUGGUGUCAGGGACCGGCCCGGACAGUACGAGGUCGGCAGCGAUGCUGCUCUCCUCCCCCCGCCCCGACUCCAGGACCGUCAAAGGGCAUCACAGCAGCUCGGACACGGAGUCCGAUUUCUACGAGGAGAUAGAAGUGAGCUGCACCCCAGACUGCACGGCGGCCAGCAGCGACUAUCCGCAUAGCAAAGGUCAGUGCUCUGAGGCUAUGGGUGGCAGCCCUGUGAAUGGGAGCGAUUCAUCAAAGGGGAGUGCUGGAUCUCACAGCUCUCUGUCCUGUUCUGCGGACCAGAUGCGGAGAUACAGGACAGCUUUCACCAGGGAACAGAUAGCACGUCUGGAGAAAGAAUUCUACCGGGAGAACUACGUAUCGAGGCCUAGGAGAUGUGAACUGGCUGCAGCCCUAAACCUCCCAGAAACCACCAUUAAGGUAUGGUUCCAAAACAGGAGGAUGAAGGACAAGCGGCAGCGUUUGGCAAUGACUUGGCCUCACCCUGCAGACCCAGCCUUUUACACCUAUAUGAUGAGCCACGCAGCAGCUACUGGCAACCUACCUUAUCCUUUCCCAUCUCACCUACCUCUUCCUUACUAUUCUCACAUGGGAAUUGGUACUGCUUCAGCCUCAGCUGGUACUCCCUUCAGCUCCCCACUGAGACCAUUGGACACCUUCAGAGUACUCUCUCAUCCUUACCCCAGGCCAGAACUCUUAUGUGCAUUUCGACAUCCCUCAAUUUAUGCUACCCCUGCUCAUGGACUUGGUGCUGGUGGCAACCCUUGCUCCUGUUUGGCAUGUCACUCCAGCUCUCCUAAUGGACUGGCACAAAGGGCCGCAGGAACUGACUUUAACUGCUCGCCGUCAUCAAGAUCAGACUCCUUCCUGACUUUCACCCCUUCAGUACUGAGCAAAAGCUCUGUCCCUCUAGACCAGAGAGAAGAAGUUCCAUUGACCAGAUAAAGGCCUUUCCAUGCACCUAUCCUCUAUCUGCCAUGUCUAUGUCUUAAUAUGCACCUACCCAGGAGGUGGCAUAACAUAAUUUAUCAGGUCAUCACAAGCUUUCUUCUCCAGAUCAAUGAAUUAACUAUGAAAGUAACUCAUUAUCUCUCAGAAGACAACAAGGACUACUUUUAAAUAAUGAUCAUUUUAUAGGCAUUACCACGGUUUUCUUUACUUUAUGAGAGAGUCACUGAUAAAAUGGAGGACAAAUGUAGAUUACGAAUGAUCAGUCUGGAAUACUUGAAUGUUAUGUUAACACAGAACAAAAAAAAAGGUCAUUUAGAAAUGAUUUUUAUUCCAAAUGUAUAUGAAAUGCUUUUUUUCUAGGCCACAGCAGAUCACAGUAUUAUUAUAUUACAAUGACAUUCUACAAUGUAACUAUCUUUUUACAAAACCACACUUUCUGCCACAUUCUGUGGAUGGGUAUCUUUGUAUCAAAAUGUCAUAGUAUAUAUUUCCUGUUCAUUUUUUAUAAAUAUAUUUUAUUUUAUUUGUUUAUUUUUUUUGGGUAGGAUCAAACACUGAGCUGUGGGAUAAAGAUGAGUUGUGUGGUGAAUUAACAUAUUUCUACGUGAAAUGCCAGUGGUUUAUCCUCAGCUGCUGCAAAGUAGGCACACUGAUUAAAUUAUCAAGUGAUGUAUAUGUAAGGAGGAUUUUUUGAAUGUAUAAUAAUUUUCUGAAAGUGCAAACCUUCUGUCAGAUCUUAACAAGCCGCACAGGGAAAGGAUUAAGUAGCCAGAUCUCCACAGACCAGCCAACUCUUUCUGCAAAUUGGUGCACAUGCAGAAGAUUGCUAUUAUAACCAAUCUAUUAUGCCUGUGUACAGUUUUUUUUAUUCACUUUCAUGGCUUGUGUGCUAUUUCCUUAUUUCCCUCCCCCACUAUAUAUUUCUUGUUCAUACUUGAUUUUCAGGGAUUUUUAGUUUACAUUUGAAUUGUUUUACGUUAUUUAUAUUUGCUUUUGUUGCACACGUAGGGCUGCAUAGAAAAUAUCUACCUGGAGUUCUGUUUAAUGCUAGCCUUUAUUUUAAAUAAUUUCAGAACUGGGUUUGAUAUUUCUUUGCAAAGAAUGUCUUUUGUGAUGAUGAUUUAACA